ACAAAAGCUUUUUACCUUAAGCCCUCUCUGUCUCUCUCUCUCCCUAUCAAAAUAACGUCAUUGCUUUCUCUCACGUAAUGCGUUCCAUUGAGUGGGGUCUUGUCCCUCCUCACCGCUCGUCGAGACGGGUUCCACUCCUAUUUAAUCCUCUUAACACCACGGCAAAAUUCCUUGCCUUCUUUGAGUGCGAGUUCCUCAAAUCCCUAAUUCAGCCCGUCUCUACCUAGCUAGCUACCUGCCUACCUAGGUCUAGCAGAGAACCUGGUCCGCUUCUUUUUCUCUACUUUUCUUGUCUCCAUCCCCAUCCCCAUCCCCUGUUCUCUCCAAUGGCAACCUCCGUCGAGAACCGCCAGUUCACCCGCCUUGAGCAGAACCUCCCCGGCGCCGUCCGCGGCUUCAAACCAGGUCCCAACCACCUGUCCGACUCCCCGGUUCGCGGCUGUAGUUUCCCCGUAAUAAAACCGGCCGUGAUGAUGAAGGACCUGGACUACUCGUCCAGCGAAGACGACGAGGGCGGCGGGAUUGAGGAUUGGAAGGAUUUGAUAGAGAGGGGGAACCUAGAACUGGAGCCGUCGAUCUUGGACCCGAGGGACGAAGGGACGGCGGAUAACUGGGUGGAGCGGAACCCUUCCAUGGUCCGCCUCACCGGGAAGCACCCCUUCAACUCGGAAGCUCCCCUGAGUCGACUCAUGCACCACGGCUUCAUCACCCCCGUCCCCCUCCACUACGUUCGCAAUCACGGCCACGUCCCCAAAGCCACCUGGGCUGACUGGACCGUGGAGGUCUCCGGACUCGUCACCCGACCCGCCCGAUUCUCCAUGGACCAACUCAUUUCCGAGUUCCCCGCCCGCGAGUUUCCCGCCACACUCGUUUGCGCCGGGAACCGGAGGAAAGAGCAGAACAUGGUGAAGCAGACAGUUGGGUUCAACUGGGGUGCGGCAGGGGUGUCGACUUCGGUGUGGCGCGGAGUACCGUUACGGUGCGUCCUCAAGAGAUGCGGGAUCAUGAGCCGUCGGAAGGGGGCUCUGAACGUGUGCUUCGAAGGGGCGGAGGAUCUGCCGGGGGGAGGGGGAGGUGGGUCCAAGUACGGAACCAGCAUCAGGAAGGAGAUCGCCAUGGAUCCGUCGCGAGACAUCAUACUGGCGUACAUGCAGAACGGUGCGUCGCUGACACCAGAUCACGGCUUCCCCGUGCGUAUUAUCAUCCCGGGGUUCAUCGGGGGGCGCAUGGUAAAAUGGCUGAAGCGCAUCGUAGUAACUACCCAAGAGUCCGACAAUUAUUACCACUACAAAGACAACAGGGUCCUUCCCUCCCACGUCGACGCCAUGCUAGCCAACGCCGAGGCAUGGUGGUAUAAGCCGGAGCACAUCAUCAACGAGCUGAACAUAAACUCGGUGAUCACGACGCCGAGUCACCAGGAGAUCUUGCUGAUCAACUCUAGGACGACUCAGACGCCGUAUACGUUGCGGGGCUACGCGUAUUCCGGAGGAGGGAAGAAAGUUACACGUGUGGAGGUGACGAUGGACGGGGGCGAGACGUGGCACGUGUGCAGGGUGCAGCACCCAGAGACACCGAACAAGUGUGGAAGAUAUUGGUGUUGGUGCUUCUGGUCGCUGGAGGUGGAGGCGCUGCUCCUGCUUGGUGCCAAGGAGAUUGCAGUUCGGGCGUGGGACGAGACCCUUAACACCCAACCGGAGAAGCUCAUUUGGAAUGUCAUGGGGAUGAUGAACAACUGCUGGUUCCGGGUGAAGACAAACUUGUGCAAACCCCAUGAGGGUGAAAUCGGAAUCCUGUUCGAGCACCCUACUCUGCCGGCGAACCAGCCCGGCGGGUGGAUGGCCAAGCAAAAGCAGCUCGAGAAAUCCUCCGACACAUUGAGGAAGAGCUCUUCCUCAUCUUUCAUGAACAAGUCGUCCUCAAAGACUUUCCCAAUGGCCGAGGUUAACAAACACCGCUCCCCGGAGUCGACAUGGAUCGUCGUCCGCGGCCACGUCUACGACUGCACUCGCUUCCUCAAAGAUCACCCCGGCGGCUCCGACAGUAUCCUCAUCAACGCCGGUACCGACUGCACCGAAGAGUUCGACGCCAUCCACUCCGACAAAGCCAAUCAACUCCUCGAGGAUUUCCUAAUCGGCGAGUUGAUAACAGCGCCGGCACCACCAUCUCCCAUCAGAGAGGCGGCGCCUCUGCCGGCAUCGCUUACCGGAAGACUUGCGCUGCUGCCAGGGAAAAAAAUCCCAUGCAAGCUCGUGUCCAAGACGUCAAUCUCUCCCGACGUUCGCCGGUUCCGGUUCGCGUUGCCCUCCGAAGAUCAGGUCCUGGGCUUGCCAGUAGGGAAGCACAUAUUCCUCUGCGCCACCAUUGACGACAAGCUGUGCAUGAGAGCUUACACGCCAACCAACUUUGUGGACGAAGUGGGGUUCUUCGAUCUGGUCGUAAAGAUUUACUUCCGUGGCGUGAAUCCCAAGUUCCCCGCCGGCGGGCUAAUGUCGCAGCACCUGGAAUCUCUCCCGCUGGGCUCCGUGCUGGAGGUGAAGGGUCCUCUGGGCCACAUAGAGUACGCCGGCCGUGGCAACUUCGUCGUCGACGGGAAACAAAAGUUCGCCAAGAGGGUGGCCAUGAUCACCGGCGGAACCGGGAUCACGCCCAUCUAUCAGGUGAUUCAAGCCGUUCUGAGGGACCCGAACGACGAGACGGAGAUGUACGUGGUGUACGCGAAUCGCAGCGAGGAUGAUAUAUUGCUGAGAGAAGAACUCGAUGGUUGGGCGGAGAAGCAUGAUGAGAAGUUGAAGGUGUGGUAUGUGGUCGGAGAGACGAUGAGGGAAGGAUGGAAAUACAGCGUAGGGUUUGUUACGGAGAGUAUUCUGCGGGAGCACAUCCCGGAAGCGUCGAGCGACACCUUGGCUUUGGCUUGCGGGCCACCUCCAAUGAUUCAGUUUGCGGUGAAACCCAACUUGGAGAAGAUGAACUAUGAUAUAAAGGAUUCGUUGCUGAUAUUUUAAUUUGCAGCGAGCUAAGGAAGAUGCUAAUGGUCAGAGCUUUUCGAAUUUCGGCGUUGGAGGUCUUGGUCGGAUUGUAAUGGGAAAAUGUUUCUCAUAAUUAUCUCCGAAGAAAAGGUCGGACGUUGGCCUCCAUGUGUGUGCUUUGUUGCAAGAGUGCAUGAAAAAUUAAUCUUCUUUUCCAUUGUGAGUUCAACAUGUUGAAACUUCUUAACUUGCAUUGGACUUUUCUGGAAUCUUUCAGUGCUCAGCUGACAGCUUGGAACUCCUCAAGGCUAAGAGGAGCUUCGAAGCGUUUGAGAGAUGUUAUCCCAACCGCUAUUUUUUCGGAGAUUAUUGGAGAUUAUUGGAGAUAAAAUUCAACACGAUGGUGAGAGCACACAAGCAUGCCGAAAGUAAUGUUUGUUAGUGAUACUUCAAGCCAGCUGAUUUGUUUGUUAGCAUUGUGAUAUUACUUUUGAUUUUCAAGUAACUUAUGUAUAGGAGAAGGUUAUGGAUAGUUUGCAUAUAAAUCCUAUACUUUGUGCACACUUUAUUGUAUCUUAAAUGAAAACAUUUUAUUUAUGCAA